CCCCAGCCGGCAGGAAAGCUACCUUAAAUCAGGGCUGAUGCGGAGCCCUUCCAAAGCCGGCUGGGGGGAUCUCUGUGCUGAACUGGUACAUUGUUGAAAACAGAGCCCCAUCAAGUCCUGAGUGCUAGGCAACGGGGAUGGGGAGGCGGCGCGCAGAGACAUCAUCAGCGCCAGAAAACCGGAGGGGGAGACGGGACUGCGGCGAGGCAGACGCACGCCGCCGAGCCCCGGGAGCCGGACGGCGAAGGUGAAGCCGUCGGCCCUUGAGGCCGGAGCAAGGGCAUGCGCUCGCCCGCCGGCCGCGCGCGGGUGCUCAGCCUUCCCGCGGGCCCCCGCACCCCGGCGCUGGGGCGGGAUGGCGAGCCGCUGACCGCGUGAGGCUGGCGAUCCCCCCGCCGGCGCCAGAAAUAGCAAGCGAUGGAGCUCCUUUCCAGCGCCUCCGGAUCUUCCGUCUUGCCCCUGACCUGCCUGUUUCUCAUCUCCCUGCAUGGCUGGCCAGGUGCCGAUGCUCAGAACGAGCUGCAGCAGCCCCAGCGGGAGGUGACAGUAUCCGUGGGGCAGACGCUCACCCUGAACUGCACCGUGUCUGAAGCCACUGUAGUAGGACCUGUGAAGUGGCUGAAGGCUGAGGACAAGGUGAAUCGGACCGUUUAUGAAGAUAAAGGCUCCUUCUCCCGCGUAACGAGGGUGGUGAAUCAGUCCAACACAGAUUACAGCAUCCGCAUCAGCAAUGUUCAAAUCGAGGAUGCUGGGACCUAUUACUGUGUGAAGUUUCAGAAAGGAGAGCAGGAUAAGGUGUAUAUGUCGGGACAGGGCACGAACGUGCUUGUGCAUGCCAGCCCUGCGUCAAUGGCUAUGUCUGGGCCUGAGCACAGAGUGGCGCCAGGGAGCUCGGUGCGUUUCACCUGCACAGCCGCAGGCUUCUUCCCCAAAGAUAUCACUGUGAAAUGGCUCAAAAACGGGGCCCCGCUGACAGCCCCGCAGCCCCAGGUCACCGCUGGGCAGACAAACUACAACAUGAGCAGCACGGCGGAGGUGACCCUGGAGGCUGCUGACAUCCGCUCCUGGCUCUCCUGUGUGGUCGAGCACUCCACUCUGACAGCCCCGCUGGUGAAGACGUACAACCUCAGCGACGCUGUGCGAGUGUCCCCGACUGUGCGCGUGCUCGCUGACCCGCCAAACCCCGUGGAGCUGAACAAGACCGUGAACUUCACCUGCUGUGUGGAAGGGUUUUAUCCAGAUGUGCUGACCCUCACCUGGCUGGAAAACGGGACGGAGGCAAACGUGGGCAGCCCCCCGCGCCCAACAGAGACCUCGCAGGGGACGUUUGAGCUACAGAGCCUCCUGGAAGUGCAAGCGACGGAGGAGAAGAAUCAGUCUGUGUUCACGUGCCAGGUGGUGCACGACUCCCAGAGCCCCGCCAGCAGCACUGUGACCCUGCAGAUCGUCCUGCCGGCUGCUGACGGGGGACCGAGUAACCAGUCCACCGCGAACAAGGACAAUUUAAUCCUCAUAUACAUCGCAGUGGGAGUGAUCUGCACUGUGCUGGCACUGCUGGUGGUUGCUAUUCUCUACCUCAUCCGAGCAAAACAGAGCAAAGGUAAAAGCUCCCCAUCUGUUAGGUUACAUGAGCCAGAGAAGAGUAGUGGAACAGCUACCCAGGAGUCUGAUCCCAACAACCUGACCUAUGCGGACCUGAACUUUGACAAAGAAAAGAAGAGUGUCCGCCGGAUCAUUGAGAUGAGUCAGCAAUCCGAGUAUGCCUGCAUCCAGACCAACCAAGCCCCUGCCACUGAUGACAACCUCACCUAUGCUGACUUGGACAUGGUUCAUCUCAGCAAGGCACCCAAGAGGCCUGCCCCUCGCCCAGAGGAAGCCAGCUCUGAGUAUGCCAGUGUCCAGAUCCAGAGGAAGUGAGCAGGGCUGCAGCUGGCUGGGGCUCAUGGCAGGGGUUGGUGAUAUGCAGUGAAGCCCUCUGCCUUGGGGGAGCAGCCCUGGUCCCCCGUGGGUGGAUUUUAAGAGGCACUGAACGAGAACAUUGUGGAGAUGUGUGUUGAGCUAUGGUACCCGUGUUUUGGAAUGGAAAUGCUGUCUGUGGUACUGGGAGGCUACUGCAGUCCAUUGCAGAUGCAUCAUCAACUGGGAGCUUGCACCCCUUCCACAGAGACCCUGACUUUGACCUGCCACUUGGUGGGCACCUCAGUCACUGGACUACUAACCGUUUCUCUCUGUGAUCCCUCAUGUGGCUGAGGAGGCUGCUCAGCCUCAGUGCACUGGAUUUGAUUGCGAAUGUGUUAAGUUGCUUGGAGCAUCUUUCCAGCUAUCCCGUCUCCUGACCAAGGGCCACAUCUUCUGGGAGAAGCAGAGCUCUUUGCAACUUGUCAGGAAGCUUGAGCUGUGCUGAGGGGACCUGGGCACUCUGCUUCAAACCAGCCCUCUGAAGGAAAAGGGGCUACUGUGGGACCUGAGCCAUGGCAGAGUGCUCUGUGGUACGGUUUGAGGCUGCAGAGUGACUAGCUGCCUGGGUGAUAGUGACCUGUCUGGCAGGAGAUGUUGCUGCUUGGACAGGCUUGUGACUUCCCACAGCGAUCCUGUCUCUAGCAGAGACCUGUGGGGGAGCCAGCUCUACCAUCUCCUGGGGCUCUCCUGCUGCUUGCUCUGGGGAAGCAGUGUGUGGAAGGCAGUAACUAUGGCUUUAAAGAAAGGACGUAAGUGUCCACCUAUCUAUCUUCCGAAGUGUCUCUUCUUUGGGAUCUCUGUCUCACUAAGGCAGAUAAAACCCUUAGCCUGGGAAGGCUCGCAGGAAAGCAGCAGUUCUGCUGGCUUUCCUGUCACCUCAUCCAAGAAGGCUCCUGAGGAGCACAAUCCCUCCUAUGCUGCCAGAGUCCCAGGCUGAACAGCACCCAGACAAGGACUGCGGCUCCCAGGCUCACAUCUCUGGCACAGAGCAACCCCCUCCCUCUGGGACAAACCAGCCUUCUGCUGGGCUUGUAUGAAGGGUCCAGCCUCCCCUCUGCUUCUGAACACCAGCUGAACUGGGAUUUGGGUGCCUUCAGCACCUCCUUUUAGCCAGCCCCAUGUCCCCUGCUGCCAUCUUGCUCUUGUUCAUGAGGAGAGCAUAUGGGAACAGAAGGGAUCCUGAAAGGGAAGAGUUCCCCACGAGUAACAUAUAACAUGUUUUGACUGUUUGACGUGUAACUGUUAAUUUCUAGAGCUAAAAACCACUGUUUUGUGUGUUGUAUGUGGGUGUACUGCUGUGUACUUAGCACUAGGAUAAAAUGUGCAGAAAUAAGACCAAGGCCUCAGUAAAGACCCCCCUAACCCCCAUAGAGUUUCAGAGUCUUAACACAGCCCUCUCUGACCUGCUGGAGUGGCUGCAGGCUGGGGCAGAGAGGGCCUAGCAGGGUCCAGCCAACAAGACUUGCAGCGUGUGGCACGAGGCACCUUCUACGCCUCACAGGUGAACGUCCCUGCCCUGGCUCGGCCCUCCUUCCCUGAGGAUGCAGAGCGAGAACUUAGGGCCGCAAUCCUGCGCUGGCCAGACUGUGUCUCAGGGGCUGUGCCAGCUCCCUGCAGUGUCCUUGUGCCCUUGGUGCUGGCAGCAGGCAGGGUGUCACCCCCCCAACAUGCUUGUUGGGGCAGGGAGCAAGGGAGGAGUCCCAGCCAGAGACAUGGUGAUGCUUUGAGAGCUAUGUGACUCACAACUUUUUUUUUUUUUGCUUGCAAGAUAUUUUUGUAAUAAAAGUGAAAAGACCUGU